AUGUCUGGAACUACUGCAACCCCAGAAGUUCUCUGGGCUCAAAGAUCUCACAAGACCGAUGCCGAAAAGAAUUUCAUCUACUUAACCAUCAGCGUCCCAGAUGUCAAAGAACCUAAGAUCGAACUCAAGUCCCAAUCCCUCACAUUCUCUGGCUACUCUGAGUCUCUCAAGCGUGCCUAUGCACUUACCUUGGAAUUCUACGCUGAGAUUGAUGAGAGUGCCAGCAAAUACAACCACACCCAAAAGAACACUCAAUUUGUCUUAAGAAAGACAGAGUUGAAGGAGGAGUUCUGGCCAAGACUAUUAAAGGAUUCUAAAAAGGUCCAUUUCCUCAAGACAGACUUUGAUAAGUGGGUUGAUGAGGAUGAGCAAGAUGAGGCACCUGAGGAAGAUUUGAGCCAGAUGGGCGGUAUGGAUGGUGGUAUGGGUGGUAUGGGUGGUGGUAUGGGCGGAAUGCCAGGUAUGGGUGACAUGAUGGGAGGUGCAGGUGGUGACUUCGGCGGUAUCGAUUUCUCGAAACUUGGCGGAGCAGGAAUGGAUGGAAUGGGAGGAAUGGGUGGUGAUGAUGACGAGGGAGAUGACGAUGAGGAUGAUGAGGAUAUGCCAGCACUUGAAGGAGAGGAGGAAGCUGUGGAGGAGAAAGCCGGAGAGGAGUCCAAGGCUAAGAUCACUGAAGUCGUUUAG